AGACCUCGAGACCAUGGACCUCAAAACCACGCAGGCCCGGGAUCUGGACAAGUUCAUUGAAACUCGCCUCCUGCCCGACACACCUUUCCGCCUGCAGGUGAAAAGAGCUGUCCACAUCAUCAGCAGUUUCCUGAAGGAGCGCUGCUUCCAGAGCUCCCCGGAGCCCGUGCGGGUGUCCAAGGUUGUGAAGGGUGGCUCCUCGGGCAAAGGCACAUCCCUGCGGGGCCGCUCGGAUGCCGACCUCGUCGUCUUCCUCAACAACCUGCGGAGUUUUCGGGAUCAGUAUGACCGCCGCGCGGAGUUCAUCAGAGAGAUCCGGAGACAGCUGGAAGCCUGUCAGAGGGAGCGCAGCUUCGAAGUGACGUUCCAGAUAAACCCACACAGCAAUCCCCGCUCACUCAGCUUCGAGCUGAGGUCACGGGCGGUCUGGCAAGAGGAGUCGGUGGAGUUUGACAUCCUCCCCGCCUACGAUGCCCUGGGCCAGUGGACCAAAGGGCAAAGGCCCGACCCCCAAAUCUACGUCAUGCUCAUCAAAGAGUGCCGAAAUCUGGGGAAAGAGAAUGAGUUCUCCCCCUGCUUCACCGAGCUGCAGAGAGCCUUCCUGAAGGAGCGCCCCACCAAGCUGAAGAGCCUCAUCCGCCUGGUGAAGUACUGGUUCCAAAUGUGUCGCUCGGAUCUGAAGAAGCCUCUGCCGCCGCAGUAUGCGCUGGAGCUCCUGACAGUUUAUGCCUGGGAGCAAGGGAGCAGGAACACGGAUUUCAGCACGGCCCAGGGGUUUCGGACCGUUUUGACACUGAUCCUGAAGUACGAGCAGUUCUGCAUCUUCUGGGAGAAGUAUUACGACUUUACACACCCUUAUAUCGGGAACUACCUGGAGGACCAGCUCAGCAAGCCCAGGCCCGUCAUCCUGGACCCGGCUGACCCCACGUGCAACGUGGCGGGUGGAAGCGCCUCCCAUGACCGCUGGGAGAACCUGGCACGCGCGGCUGAGACCUGGUUGUGUUACCCGUGCUUCAGGAACUGGGACGGUUCCCUCGUGUACCCCUGGGAGGUGCCGCCUGCGUUAAAGGUCAAGACUCGAAGCUUCUACGCCAACAACACCGAGGUACAUAUCCUGAACUGCAGCGAGUACUCCAGAGAUUACCCCAGAGAGUACCCCAGAGGGUAUCCCAGAGAGUACCCCAGAGAGUCUCCCAGAGAGUACCCCAGAGAGUACCCCAGGUUCCCGAAGAGCUACACACCAUGCCCACCCCCAGUGGAGGAGGGCUGGUCCUGCUCCAUCCUCACACCUUCAGGGGAAGCCGCCGCCGGCCGCUGUCGCCCCGUGCGGGACAUGGACGUGUACCGCACCCCCGCGGGCUCGCUGGACUCGCUGGUGGCCAGCUGCCUGCUGCCCCCGUCCGCGUUCGAGCGCGCCGCGCGCCGCGCCCUGGGCGCACUGGGAGCCGCGCUGCAAGAGCGCAGGGGCCUCCCCGGCGCGCAGUGGAGCGUCCAGAAGAUCGUCAAGGGGGGCUCCUCCGGCCGGGGCACGGCCCUGAGGGGCGGCUGCGAUGCGGAGCUCAUCAUCUUCCUGGACUGCUUCAAGAGCUAUGAGGACCAGGGGCCCCUGCGGCCCAGCAUCCUCCGGGAGAUGCGAGCGGUGCUGGAGGCCUGGAGGCAGGAGCCCCUCCAGGACCUGAGCCUGGAACUGCCCACGCAGAACACCCCCGGGCUUGUGCAGUUCCGACUGGCAUCCCCGGACUCAGAGCACUGGAUGGACGUCAGCCUGGUGCCGGCCUUUGACGCCCUGGGGCCGCUCAGCUCAGGUGCCAAGCCCGAGCCCCGGGUCUACUCCACCCUCCUGGACAGCGGCUGCCCGGGGGGCGAGCACGCCGCCUGCUUCGCGGAGCUGCGGAGAAACUUCGUGAACACUCGGCCGGCCAAGCUGAAGAAUCUGCUGCUGCUGGUGAAGCACUGGUACCGCCAGGUGCUCCCCCCGGGGGUGAGCAGGGAGCAGCUGCCUCCCGCCUACGCCCUGGAGCUGCUGACCAUCUUCGCCUGGGAGCAGGGCUGCGGGCAGCCGGCCUUCAGCCUGGCCCAGGGCCUCCGCACCGUCCUGGGCUUGCUCCAGCGGUACCAGCACCUGUGUGUAUUCUGGACCCUCAACUAUGGCUUCGAGGACCCCGUCCUUGCCCAGCUGCUGCAGCGCCAGCUCCAGAGACCCAGGCCCGUGAUCCUGGACCCAGCGGACCCCACAUGGGAUGUGGGGGGCGGGCCGAGGUGGCGCUGGGAUGUGCUGGCCCAGGAGGCCGAGUCCUGCUUCAACCAACCGUGCUUCCUGCAAGCGGCCGGCAGCUGUGUGCAGCCCUGGGACGGGCAUGACCUUCCGCGGUCCGGGUGCCCAGGUUUGGAUCACCCCAUCCAUCCAGUCCCGGUGCCCAUAGAACCCCAGGACAGCAGGAGCCAUGAGACUGUCGGGCCCGGUGUGGCGAGCGCACAGCCUCCUCGUCCAGCCCCCAGCACCGGGACUCUCGCAGCCCCCUCUGCGCCAGCGACGGGUUCAGGUCUGGGUCAGGUCCCCGCCAAGCAGCUGGACCGCUUCAUUGAGGACCACCUGAGGCCGAGCCCACAGUCCCAGAGGCUGGUGGGCCAGGCCCUGGACGGCAUCUUGCGGCACCUCCAGAAGCACAGCAUCCACAAGGCCUCGAGAGCCUGCAAGGGCGGCUCCUUCGGCCGCGGCACGGACCUCAGGGACAGCAGCGACGCAGAGCUCAUCCUGUUCGUCAAUGGUUUCAAGAACCACAAGGACCAGGAGUCCCGCCGUGCCGAGGUCCUCGAUGAGAUGCGGGCACAGCUGGAAUCCCUGGGGAGCCCCGCCCCUGGGCUGAGCCUCAAGUUUCGUGAGCAGCAGGAACCUGGGGACCUGAAGUUCCAGCUGGUGCCAGAGGCCGCAGAAGGCGGGACAGACGUCAGCCUGCUGCCUGUCUUUGAUGCUCUGGGGCCGCUCAGCUCAGGUGCCAAGCCCGAGCCCCGGGUCUACUCCACCCUCCUGGACAGCGGCUGCCCGGGGGGCGAACACGCCGCCUGCUUCGCGGAGCUGCGGAGAAACUUCGUGAACACUCGGCCGGCCAAGCUGAAGAACCUGCUGCUGCUGGUGAAGCACUGGUACCGCCAGGUCGCGGCACGGAAGGAAGGACAGUCUGAGGGGGCCUCGCUGCCCUGUGCCUAUGCCUUGGAACUCCUCACCAUCUACGCCUGGGAGCAAGGCUGCAAGAAAGACCAGUUCCACAUGGCCCAGGGCCUCGCCACCGUCCUGGGGCUCGUGCAGCAACACCCCCAGCUCUGCGUCUACUGGACGGUCAACUACGACCUGGAGGACCCGGCUCUGAGGAUGCACCUGCUCCGGCAGCUCCACAAACCCAGACCCCUGAUCCUGGAUCCUGCCGAUCCCUCCUGGAACGUGGCCCAAGGAAACUGGGAGCUGCUGGCCCAGGAAGCGGCGGCCCUGAGGACCGAGGCCUGCCUGAUGAACUCAGAAGAGACGCCCGUGGCCCCCUGGGAUGUGAUGCCCGCCCUACUGAGCCAGACCCCAGCAGGGGGCCUGGACAAGUUCAUCAGCGACUUUCUCCAGCCCGACCGCCGCUUCCUGGCUCAGGUGAACAAGGCCGUGGACAUCAUCUGUGCGUUCCUGCGGGAUAACUGCUUCCGGGGUUCUACCACCAAGGUGCUCAAGGUAGUCAAGGGCGGGUCUUCAGCCAAGGGCACGGCGCUGCGGGGCCGCUCGGACGCCGACCUGGUGGUCUUCCUCAGCUGCUUCGGGCACUUCACGGAGCAGGGCAGCCGGCGGGCCGAGAUCAUCUCUGAGAUCCGCAGGCAGCUUGAGGCGUGCCAGCGGGCGCAACAGUUCGAGGUGGCCUUUGAGAUCUCCAAGUGGGACAAUCCCCGCGUGCUGAGUUUCUCGCUGUCUUCCCGGACGCUGCUGGACCAGAGUGUGGACUUUGACGUCCUACCAGCCUUCGACGCCCUGGGCCAGCUGGUGCCGGGCUCCAGGCCCAGCCCCCAGGUGUACCUGGACCUCAUCCACAGCUACCACAACGCGGGCGAGUUCUCAUGCUGCUUCACCGAGCGCCAGCGCGACUUCAUCUCCAUGCGACCCACCAAGCUCAAGAGUCUCAUCCGCCUGGUGAAGCACUGGUAUCGCCAGUGCAGCCGGAUGCCCAGCGGCCGGGGCUCACUGCCCCCGCAGCACGGGCUGGAGCUGCUGACCGUCUACGCCUGGGAGCAGGGCAGUGGGGACCAGCAGUUCAGCAUGGCCGAGGGCUUCCGCACCGUCCUGGAGCUGGUCACGCAGUACCGCCAGCUCUGCAUCUACUGGACCACCAACUACGACAACCAGACCCUGGAGGGCUUCCUGGAGCAGCAGCUGCAGAAGCCCAGGCCCAUCAUCCUGGAUCCAGCUGACCCCACAGGCAACCUAGGCCAGUGUGCCCGCUGGGACCUGCUGGCCAAAGAAGCCACAGCCUACAUGAGUGCCCCGUGCUGCCUGGGCAGGGACGGCAAGGCCAUUGAGCCCUGGCCUGUGAAGGCUGCUGUGUGUCGCUCAGAAAACCAGUAACGGUACUAGGUGGACAGAGGGCAGCCGCGCUCAGGACGGGAUGUGGGGCCGCCUGCUGGACCCUUGCACUCGUGUGUGGGAGAGAGGCAGAGCCUCGCCCCUCCUCUGCCUUCCUUCCCGGCAUCCACCCACCUCCUGGGCUGCCCCUGUGUCAGGCCCUCCCAGAGGGUCCCCAGAUCGCCCCCUCGCUGCUCGCCAGGCUCUGGCUGCCGGGUUGGGCGCCAGUGUGGGCUCCCAGCUUCUCCUGUGCCCCCUCCUCCACAGCCUCUCAGUGCCCAUCACCCCCAACCCCCAAACCUUCCUUCUGAAACCCAUGGCAGCCUCCCCUCCAUCCUUGACCCAAGAACUGUUGGUGGGAACGGCAGCCACAGUGGGCCAGUCUUCGAAGGAUUUUUGAAAAAUGGAUGAUUCACUAAGACGAGUCAGAGGCUCAUCCGUCAGUGAUGUCUGCUGUGGACCACCCAGCCAUUUGUGAUGGAUGCCGUGUGUCGGCCAUGGACCAAAUUAUCAUUAGUGAUGUUUGCCACGGACCAACCAAGUCCAUUAGUGAUGUUCAGUGGGGGCAUGAGCAGGAGAACUGAGGUCACGUUUGCCCGCCCAACCAGGGAUGCUUUAUCUGG